UAAUAAGCACAGGUUCACCUUCAUAAUUCAUUGGUAGCGGUAGUGAGGCCAAAAGUUCAAACCGUAGAGCGGAGAAUAAAGAAUUUCGGGCAUGAAAGAUAAAGAAGAUUACGAGAGCGAAGAGAAAAAGCAAGCCGCUGCUGAUGUUUUGUUUCAGUAUUCAAAAUUUGUGAUGGCAUGUAUUGGAAAUCAAGUUCGACCUUGUGACUUGAGAUUGCAUUUAAUGAAGGAGAUUUCUGGGAUGCCAACUUCUCUGAAGAGAGAAUCAUCCCAGGCAGCAGCUUCUCCUGAUGCAAUGGGGGAGUCAUCAAGCUCAGGUACAGCUAGAAUUGAUAAACCAGACAGGGUUUUUGGCAGCCCCGAUGCAUAGAGUUCUUGUUCUGUUUGAGAGAUUUGUAUAAUUGGAGAAUGUCACAUAGCAGAAGUUGAUGCUUUAUUUCAUAUGUGGAUGUUUGGAUGACUUUCUAUGUGUAAAUUCUAAUGCCUAGUUUAUUCUUUCGUCAACAAAUUUCUUGCUCGAGAAAGCAUAACCCGUGUGUAAGUUUGAUUGUAAUAAUAAGCUUGGUUGGGUUUGGCUAAU